CUUGUAUUUUUCACAAUGUUUAGGCGUAGUACUGGGCUUCUGUUGCUUUCGGUUUCGCUCACCGUGGCGUUCGAUUGGUAUACACUAACGGAGCAAAACUAUGCUGCAAUUCAGUCCGGUUUGGCACAGUUGAAUGAUGCCGCCAGAGCGAUGAAUACUUCAAUGGUCGAGAAUCAACUAAUUUCCCAGGAUGCUAUUAGUGGAUUGUUAGUGCACAUUAAUCACUCAUUGAUCGCCCUGCAACGCAUAUAUCCGGAAGCUGCCAAUUUGUCAACGGAUCAGCUGCCUAGCACGGAAUGGUACACGGAAUACGUUGGAUCUGUCACCAAUCAGUUCCGUCAAGCGUCAACCAACAACGUAAUGAUGCCUGCGCAGGGCGUUGUACGGAGUAUUCUGGACGCUAUGAACGAUCUGUAUAGUCAAGAUUGUGCUGAAAAAUAUGCUGGCAACUUAGUACAACCUAGGAUUUCGGUUGGGCGUUUGAGGGCGUGCCUUUUGACGAAUAUUCCUUUUUUCCGAGGGUUAACCGAAACAACUCAACUGCUGAUGGCCUAUUCAAAAACUGCCGUAGAUGGGAGUCUUGCCCUGGUGAAUCUUUGUUCUCCGAAUUCAAGGGACUGCAUAACGAAAUUUUUUGCAGAUUUACCAAGAAUAUUAAGCAACAUCAUAAACAAUAUCAGUAAUCUGAGUGGAGUUCCGAACGUUUUCGCGCAGCCUGCCAAUGAAAGGAAUCAGGAAUGUGUUUCGCUCAUUACUGCUGACGUACAGGAGGUGAUUCAGAUCAUAAAGGCAAACGUAACUGCUUCGAAGAAGCCGUUCUUUACCGGUUUUACGUGCACUUGAAGUUAACCAUUCAAAAGUCGCGAUUUUAUAAAUUAAUAUUUUUUUCUCAGCAAGAAGAGCCAUUUAUAAUACCGUAUAAAAUGUGAAAAAUAAAGCCUCUAAUAUCUUACAA